AUGCUCGCUACCAGAUCCUUCGUUGUCGGCUCAUUACCACUCGCUUUUACCCUCUCCCCGUCCCAGCUCCGAUUAAUCUCCUCCAUUGGUAUGGGAGUCCUGGUGGGGACUUCAUUGAUUGUUAUUAUACCCGAGGGUGUAGAGACCCUUUAUAGCGCUAGCUAUUCCGGCCAGAAAGGCCUCAGUACACGAUCGACUGGUAUCGAUUGGCAGUCGCAAGGGCUACCCUUCGCGGCGAGAUCUAUACUGAACACCGACGAAGAUGCCUCCGGACAAACGGACACCCCCGUCGCAUUCCUAUCACUAGAUAACGAACCCUCCGCCUCUCUUUCAGUCCGGGACCAGCCUUCACUCAGGGGUUCUAGAUUACGUGUACGCAAGGAGGAGUCGAGUGAAUCUUCAAAGAAAGAGGAGGAGGAAAGCUCCCCGCAUGCAUGGAUUGGAAUUGCUCUAGUCAGUGGAUUCAUUUUGAUGUACUUGGUUGAUAAAUUGCCGGAAUUCGCAUCGCCGACCAAGGACGAACGCAUUCCCUACCAUAUCUCGCUUGAUAAUCUUGGCUCCGGGUUGAGACGCAACUCCUCGCUCAACCGCGACGGACUUUUGAAUGCCGGACAUUCAAGUUCGCGCCGCGGGCACAGCUUUGCUACGACUACAGGUCUAGUGAUUCAUGCUGCAGCCGAUGGUAUCGCAUUGGGUGCUUCAAGCUCUGACACUGGUCUCAGCUUUAUCAUCUUUUUGGCUAUUAUGGUGCAUAAAGCCCCCGCAUCGUUUGGAUUGACCUCAAUCCUGCUCAAGCAGGGACUCUCGAGUCGGACUGCGAGGGCCCAUUUGUUGAUUUUCAGCUUGGCAGCCCCUGUUGGUGCUGUUGCUACUUUCCUUUUUGCACAUAUGAUGGGAUCAUCCAGCGGCGACGAGACUGGUUCUCAGUGGCGUACUGGAAUGCUCCUCCUCUUCUCUGGUGGUACCUUCUUGUGA